AGUGGCAGUAAAAAAAAAAAAAAAGGAAUGAGUGUACUGUAAACCCCUGUCAGAGAGACGGUUCCCCUUCUGCCAGCGCCCAUGGACGACGCCCAGGAACAGCACAAACCACGUUAGGAACAAAUAAACCCGACGGGUGAGGCUUUGUUCCCGAGGUUCACCCCGGUGGACCGUUCACCUAUGAUGGAACGGGCGAUGGAGCAGCUCAACGUACAGCUCAACCGGCUGACCCGUUCCCUCCGCCGGGCCAGGACCGUGGAACUACCGGAAGACAAUGAGACUGCAGUGUACACACUUAUGCCAAUGGUCAUGGCUGACCAGCACAGGUCAGUGUCAGAGUUGCUGCUCAACUCCAAGUUUGAUGUGAACUACGCGUUUGGACGGGUGAAGAGAAGUCUGUUGCACAUCGCUGCCAACUGUGGGUCAGUGGAGUGUCUGGUUCUGCUGCUGAAGAGAGGAGCCAACCCAAACUACCAGGACAUCUCAGGCUGUACCCCUCUGCACCUCGCUGCUAGGAAUGGACAGAAGAAGUGUAUGGGCAAGCUAUUGGAAUAUAACGCUGAUGUCAACAUCUGCAACAAUGAGGGACUGACUGCUAUCCACUGGCUGGCAGUGAAUGGACGGACAGAGCUCCUACACGAUCUGGUCCAGCAUGUGUCCAACGUGGAUGUGGAGGACGCCAUGGGCCAGACAGCUCUACAUGUAGCCUGUCAGAACGGACACAAAACUACGGUGUUGUGCCUUCUGGACAGUGGAGCUGACAUCAACCGGCCAAACGUCUCAGGAGCCACGCCUCUUUACUUUGCUUGCAGCCACGGCCAAAGGGACACAGCACAGAUCCUGCUCUCUCGAGGUGCCAAAUACCUCGCUGACAAGAAUGGAAUCACUCCUCUGGACCUCUGCGUGCAGGGUGGGUACGGGGAGACCUGUGAGAUCCUCAUCCAGCACCACGGCAGACUGUUCCAGACCCUCAUCCAGAUGACACAGAAUGAUGACAUUAAAGAAAACAUGCUCAGGCAGGUUCUGGAGCAUGUCUCUCAGCAGAGUGACAGUCAUUACCAAAGGAUCUUAACCAGUCUUGCUGAAGUGGCCACCACUAAUGGACACAAGCUUCUCAGCCUGUCCAGCAGUUUCGAGGCUCAAAUGAAGAGUCUGCUGAGAAUCGUUCGCAUUUUCUGCCAUGUGUUCCGUCUGGGGCCGUCAUCACCUAACAACGGCAACGACAUGGGCUACAACGGCAACAAGACGCCUCGCAGCCAGGUCUUUAAGCCAUUGGAGUUGCUGUGGCACUCCCUGGACGAGUGGCUGGUGCUCAUCUCCACCGAGCUGGAGAGGAACAGGAAGAACCCAUCUUCCUCCUCCUCCAGCAGCGAGAUAGCCUCCCUGCUUCUCAAACAACGGGAGGUUGACCACUCCGGCUCCACACCAAAGCUUCCCUCCUUGCUGGACCCGCAGAUCGUCAUGGAGACAGAGGUGUACGCUGACGGGGAGGACGUCAUCUCCAUGACAGCCAACCGGCUCAGUGCUGUGAUCCAGGCCUUCUAUAUGUGCUGCUCCUGUCAGAUGCCACAAGGAAUGACGUCCCCUCGUUUCAUUGAGUUUGUCUGCAAGCAUGACAAUGUGCUCAAGUGUUUUGUAACCAGGAACCCAAAGAUCAUCUUUAACCACUUCCACUUCCUCCUGGAGUGUCCAGAGUUAAUGUCACGCUUCAUGCACAUUAUUAAAGGACAGCCCUUUAAGGAUCGCUGCGAGUGGUUCUACGAGCAUCUGCUGGCCGGCCAGCCAGACUCAGACAUGGUUCAUCGUCCGGUCAAUGAGAACGACAUCCUGCUCAUCCACAGAGACUCCAUAUUCAGGAGCAGCUGUGAGAUGGUUUCCAAGUCCACGAACGAGAAGCUCAAACAGGGCAUUGCUGUUCGCUUCCAUGGCGAGGAGGGGAUGGGUCAGGGUGUGGUUCGGGAGUGGUUCGACAUCCUGUCCAAUGAGAUCAUCAACCCAGACUAUGCUCUGUUCACUCAGUCAGCUGAUGGUACCACUUUUCAGCCCAACAGUAACUCCUCUGUGAACCCAGACCAUCUGAACUACUUCCGGUUUGCAGGUCAGAUCCUGGGUUUGGCUCUGUACCACCGACAGCUGGUGAACAUCUACUUUACGCGCUCCUUCUACAAACACAUACUGGGUAUCCCUGUGAACUACCAGGAUGUAUCGUCCAUCGAUCCAGAGUAUGCUAAGAACCUGCAGUGGAUCCUGGACAACGACAUCAGUGAUCUGGGUCUGGAGCUCACCUUCUCUGUAGAGACGGACGUGUUCGGGGCGAUGGAGGAAGUGCCACUCAAACCUGGAGGGACCAGCAUUCUGGUCACCCAGGACAACAAGGCCGAGUACGUACAGCUGGUAACGGAGCUGAGGAUGACACGAGCCAUCCAGCCUCAGAUAAACGCCUUCCUGCAAGGAUUCCACACUUUCAUCCCGCCCUCACUCAUCCAGCUUUUCGACGAAUACGAAUUGGAGCUCCUGCUGUCAGGGAUGCCAGAGAUCGAUGUGCAGGAUUGGUGCAGGAACACUGAGUACACCAGUGGCUACGACCCUCAGGAGCCAGUCAUCCAGUGGUUCUGGGAGGUGGUGAAGAGCCUGUCUCAGGAGGAACGGGUUCUUCUGCUUCAGUUUGUCACUGGAAGUUCCAGGGUUCCUCAUGGUGGCUUUGCUUUCCUGAUGGGUGGCAGCGGUUUGCAGAAGUUCACCAUUGCUGCUGUGCCAUACACCUCCAACCUACUUCCUACCUCUAGUACCUGUAUCAACAUGCUGAAACUACCAGAAUACCCAAGUCAGGAUAUCCUGAGAGACCGGCUGCUGGUAGCUCUGCAUUGUGGGAGCUACGGGUAUACCAUGGCGUAAACAUGGCAUCAGUUCCUGCUGCUGUGAGGGCCUGCACACUCAUGCAACAUUCCCGCCUCCACAGAUACUCUUUUUGUAGUCAGGCACUGCUUUUGACAAAAAGGAAAUCCACGUUCUUAUUAAUGAGCUGCUGGAGAGGCACAACAGACUAAACGGAGGCCACGGGUUCUGGAUCUCCACUCAUACCUGUGCCAGAGCUUCUACGUUUUUUUUUUUUGACCGAAGCUGGUAUCUGGUAAUUUAUGCAAAGAGUAAUUUAAUAUCUUUAAAUUCGACUAUUUUCAUGCCUACAUUUGUUUAAGAAAAAAAAAAACAGCAUUUAUAAAAUGAGCUCUCUACUUAUAAGACAGGAUAGAAUAGAAUAAAACAUAUUCAUGUAAGCUUACUGAAUGUCAUAUAUCGAUUCAGGUUAAAGAGAUUUCCAGAUA